AUGGAACAAAUCAUGUUACAGCAGCGAGCUAAGAUGCAAUGGAUAAAGGAUGAGGAUCAAUGCUCACGAGUCUUCUUUUGCAAGAUAGUUCAGCGAUGUGCCACUCGGAGAAUCUUGCAAAUAAAUGAUGAACACGGGACUACCUACUUAGAGCUAGGAGCGGUUAUUAAUGAGUUUGUCUCCUUCUAUCAGGCUCUAUUAAGUGGAGAAAGACGAAGGCAGGUGAUAGAUAUUCGGUAUUUGAGGCCAUGGGCUAGGCAUGUCCUCAAUGAGGAGGAAGGGCUUCAGCUCCUUACACUCGUCACUGUAGUUGACGUCAAACAUGCAGUGUUUGACAUUGUUGAAGAUAAAGCACCUGGACCGGAUGGGUUCUCAUCAGAUUUUUGCUACAAUCAGGCGCGCCUACCUCCUAGAUGUGCACUGAAAGUGGAUAUCCGAAAAGCUUAUGACACGGUAGAAUGGGACUUUCUAUUUGCAGUGUUACACCUGUUUGGAUUCCCAACUACGUUCAUUAGGUGGAUAGAGAAGUGUGUCACGACACCCUCGUUUUCUGUCAGGUUGAAUGGGAAACCUCAUGGUUUCUUUACGGGAUCGAGAUGGUUACGGCAGGGGGACCCUUUAUCGCCAUAUCUUUUCGUUUUCAUAAUGGAGCUUAGAUCUGCAGAUGAUCUGUUGCUGCUCUGCAAAGCUGAUAUGAACUCUACAGGGGUCUUUAAGCAAGGGUUGGACCUAUUCGCCUCCUGGUCAGGUCUCCGGCUUAAUGUGCAUAAGAGUCAUCUUAUCAUCUCUUGA